AUGCUGUUACCGUUCCAAACGUUUGUACCACGAAUUCAAAUCACGGAACAACCUGCGGAGCGACACCGCUUCCGAUACGCCAGCGAGCAUCCUUCGUACAUACGCGGCUCGAAAAAUACGCGAGAAUGCUUGACCUAUCCAACGGUGGAGAUUGUGGACUAUUUUGGUCGCGCUAAACUAACGGUAUACUCCGUCACAGAGGAUCCGAUACCUCGUCUACACCCCUAUACGCUCUCAGGAACAUGCGAGGUUAUCAUCGGGCCAAACAAUCCACUGAAAUAUUGCUUCAAAGAUCUAAGCAUUUGUUGCAUCACGCGGAAGAUGCUUAGGAGACAGCACGCGAAUGAUCUCGACGUUGUAAACUUGAACGUGCUUAGACUUUGCUUUGAAGCCUCUCUUUUGACAGCUUCCGGUGAAGUGACUCAAACGCUGAGAGCGUUCUCAAGGAAAAUCUACAACGCAAAGAAGAGACCCGAAUUAAUCAUUCAUGAACUAAGUGACUGCAGCUCUCCUAUGUCAGGUGGGAAAAAUAUUACUUUGCUGUGCGAUGAGGUUGAUAAGAACGAUAUCCAGGUUCGUUUUUCCCUCUGUCGAAGCAACCAAUCAGAGGGGUGGUGUGGUUAUGGAAUAUUCCACCCGGAGGCCGAUAUACACAAGAAAGUCGCUAUUAGUUUUAUGACUCCCCCAUUUCGGAACCAGUUUCUCACACAGUCAGUGAAGGUAGGUAGCCGAUGUAUUUUCAAAACAUUGAUGGAUUGA